AUGGCUGCUCACGUCACAGUAGCAGUCGCUGCAGCAGACCCGGGCUCCCCUCGCGAACAGCACCUCCAGCUGCACCUCGACCACCACAACCACAACCACCACAACGCGUCGUACGGCGCAACAACAUCCCACAGUCAACAACCCACAGUUCACAUCCUGGAGCCGCUGCCAGACGGCACCAACGGUUAUGACUAUGACGAAGAGGACGACUGUGACGAUAUCCAGGACCCCCUUCUUGAAGGCAAGUUGUCAUGGGUCUGGCUGUCGCGCCUCUAUCUGCUCGUUCCCGUCGUCACCGCCCUGUGCUUUGCAUCACUCGUCGCACUUGUGACAUAUGGAUGGCCACCGUCCAAGGACGAACGCAAAGAGGGCCAAAGCUACCCGCACCCAUUCUUCUGGCAGGCGUUCCUCGUGGGCCUGUUUGCGUCAUUUACCGUCCAGUCGUUCCGCGUGCCCAUGUUUGUGGCAACGUCGUGGCUCCACCUCUCAGCCACAUGGACCGUGUUCCUGUCGACCGUCUUCCAUGCCAUCUUGCACGAGGCAGUGCGCCUCGUGUCUGUGCCCCUCGUGAAACCCUCACCCACGUCUGGGUUCCACUCGAGCUUCUGGCUGGGUCUUGGAUGGGGUCUGGCAGAGACAGCAUGGGGGAUUGUGCAGGGAUGGGAACAGCUCUCCCUGUACGAAGACGUUCUCAAGGGCCCACAGGAGAUUGCCGGUUGGGCCGACAUUGAAGGAGACAGUGGGCUCACCACUGUACCCGAGGAGGCGCCGCUCAUCGCCGAGGACGACGAUGACGACGACCGUGACGACGAAAUCGCCGAGCUCGAGCGCCGUGUCGAGGUCCUGGAGCGCUUCCGUGCGCGUCGUGAACUCGAGGACGUCAUGGGCAUUCCAUUCCCUCUCAUUCCUUUCCCACUCCACAUGCUGUGGCGUAUUGACACGCUGCUACUCAACCUGGGUCUCACGCUGAUCCUGUCGGCCUUUUGGCUGGACCCCGAGCCGAUCUACCACCAUGGCGUGGGCCACAUUGGCCACCCUCUUCCGUCUCGCGAGUGGCCACCUGCGCGGCCCAACCCCGAGCCCAGCCCAUACCUGGGUGUUGCGUGGUGCCUUGUUGCGCUGCUGCAUAUCAUUUCUGCGUUGGUGUGGAAGGUGGUUGGACGUGUUGGUGUUGGCGCGGUCACGUGGGGUGGACUGAUUGUUGCGCUGGGCACUGUGUUUGCUGGACUUGGCGAGUGGGGUGGGCUUGUGUAA